UUCGAGGCAGAAAUAGCCCCUGGACUGGAUACGAUGCGUCGCGGGGGCAGGACGACCUUGAGGCAGGGCCUGGACAAGGAUGUCUACCAGGUCGUGCGCAAAAUCAUAGACGACAACGCUGAGAACGACCAGUUCCGUCUGUCCGUGCCCGGAAUUUACGAUGCGCUCAAGCGGUCGAACUCCAAUCUGAACAGAAAGCCCAAGAGGAUCCUGGAGGACAGCAUCGAGCGCGUGGUGGAGGUGUUGAAGGGCGAUCUGCUCGGUGACGAUGAGAAUGAUUCCAUCGAGGGCGACUUUGAGGGUCUGGAGGAACCGACAGCGGCACCGGAAUCCAACAGCCUCAACAAGAGUCUAGUUGGCAUGUGGAACACCACCCCGGCCACGAAACCCUCGAAACAGACCGAGUCGAAUACCGCGGAGUCGACAGCCCCGUCUACCUCAACGAAAAAGCGCCAUCACGGCGGUGAAUCCAACUCGUCAAAGCGACGCAAAGCCGAGGCCGCUGUCGAUCGGUCGCCGCCGACUCAUGUUAGUCUCGCCGAUCUGGGAGGUCUGGACGAGGUGGUCCAGGACCUUGGUGAUCUCGUGAUUCUGCCCAUGACCCGUCCACAGGUCUAUAUGGCGUCGAACGUACAGCCCCCCCGGGGUGUCCUGCUUCAUGGUCCGCCGGGUUGCGGUAAAACCAUGAUCGCGAACGCUUUCGCCGCCGAACUGGGCGUUCCUUUCAUUUCGAUAUCUGCCCCGUCCAUUGUCUCAGGAAUGUCGGGUGAAUCGGAAAAGGCCCUGCGCGAGUACUUUGAGGAGGCCAAGAGAAUCGCACCCUGCCUCAUCUUCAUUGACGAGAUCGACGCUAUCACACCCAAGCGCGAAAGUGCGCAGAGGGAGAUGGAAAAGCGAAUCGUGGCCCAACUCCUGACGUGUAUGGAUGACCUGGCCCUCGAAAAGACCGACGGCAAGCCCGUCAUCGUCCUCGCGGCGACCAACCGCCCCGACAGUCUGGAUGCCGCCCUCCGUCGAGGCGGUCGAUUCGACAAAGAAAUCAACAUGACCGUGCCAUCCGAGCCCGUGCGAGAGCAGAUCUUGCGGGCCCUUACCCGUAAGAUGCGGAUGGCCGACGAUCUCGACUUCAAGACCCUGGCUAAGAGAACCCCCGGGUUCGUUGGAGCCGAUCUGAACGACCUUGUCGCAACGGCAGGCGCUGCCGCCAUCAAACGGUACCUGGAGUUGCUCAAGUCCCACAGCGGCGAGGAGAUGGACAUCGAGGAAGUCGACGACAUCAGCCCCAAAGUCAAGGAGCUGCGCCGGCUCAUCAUCCACGCAAAGGAAACCCCCAUGGGCGACGAAACCCAGACCGUCCUGGUCUCCAACGCCGACUUCUUCACGGCCCUCCCCAAGAUCCAGCCAUCCUCCAAGCGUGAAGGCUUUGCCACCAUCCCCGACACCACCUGGGCCGACAUCGGUGCGCUGGGCGGCAUCCGCGACGAACUGUCGACCGCCAUCGUCGAGCCGAUCCGCAACCCUGAGAUCUACGCCAACGUGGGCAUCACCGCCCCGACUGGCGUCCUCCUCUGGGGUCCCCCGGGUUGCGGUAAGACCCUGCUGGCCAAGGCUGUGGCCAACGAGUCCCGCGCCAACUUCAUCAGCGUCAAGGGCCCCGAACUCCUCAACAAGUUCGUCGGUGAAUCCGAGCGCGCCGUCCGCCAAGUCUUCGUCCGCGCUCGCUCCUCCGUGCCCUGCGUUAUCUUCUUCGAUGAGCUGGACGCCCUCGUCCCCCGUCGUGACGACACCCUCUCCGAGGCCUCCGCCCGCGUCGUCAACACCCUCCUCACGGAACUCGACGGCCUCGGCAGCAGCCGUCAAGGUAUUUACGUUAUCGCCGCCACCAACCGCCCCGACAUCAUCGACCCGGCCAUGCUUCGUCCCGGCCGUCUCGAGACCCUCCUCUUCGUCAACCUGCCCAGUCCGCUCGAGCGUGUCGAGAUCCUGCAGACCCUGGUCCGCAACCUCCCCAUCGAGUUCGAUGAAGACCUGCGCCGUCUCGCCGAAGAGUGCGAGGGCUUCAGCGGUGCCGAUCUGGGAAGCUUGCUCCGUCGUGCCGGUUACUCCGCCAUCAAGAGACGCGAUUCCAUCAAGUUCCAGGACUUCCUGGCCGCCAAGUCCUUCAUUCGCCCCAGUGUUACGGAUCUGAAAAAGUACGAGAAGUUGAGGAGGGAUUGGAGUGGCGGCGUGGUGUAAAUACCUUACAUAUUAGAGAUAGAUAUAUCCUUGACUUUUCACACAUCUUCAUCUCUUGGCUUUAUUUCUAUGUAUUGGGGUUCGGGGGACAAGGUGAAUUCGACCGAUCGAGUCUUUCUGGUUCGGUC